AUGGCGACCCUCGCGACCGCUUCUCGACUCUGCCUGCGCACGGCUGCAAAGCCCGUCGUCCCUGCUGUGCGCGCCCUCAGCACCACCGCCGUCCGCCCCGACAGCGCGUCCGCCUCCGGAUACUCCAGCCCCUUCAAGUUCCAGGGAGAGACCAAGGGCUCCAAGAUCCCCGACUUCGGAAAAUAUGUCUCUACCGGCUCUGAGAGCAAGAACAAGCUGUACUCUUACUUCAUGGUUGGCGCUCUCGGUGCCGUCAGUGCCGCUGGUGCCAAGAGCACAGUUCAGGAGUUCCUGGUCAACAUGUCUGCUUCCGCCGACGUUCUGGCCAUGGCCAAGGUUGAGGUUGAUCUGAGCUCUAUCCCCGAGGGCAAGAACGUCGUUAUCAAGUGGCGAGGCAAGCCCGUCUUCAUCCGACACCGAACCCAGGACGAGAUUGACCAGGCAAACAAGGUCAACAUCUCUUCUCUCCGAGAUCCCGAGGAGGACAGCGCCCGUGCCAAGAACCCUGAGUGGCUUGUCAUGUUGGGUGUCUGCACCCACUUGGGUUGUGUCCCCAUUGGCGAGGCCGGUGACUACGGCGGUUGGUUCUGCCCUUGCCACGGUUCUCACUACGAUAUCUCCGGCCGAAUAAGGAAGGGUCCCGCCCCUCUCAACCUCGAGAUCCCCGAGUACGAUUUCCCCGAGGAUGGCAAGCUGAUCGUCGGUUAA